GGCUAACCCUCUCCAUCCCCUGCUCCCCACCCGUACGCCUCGACCAUGUCUCACGAGAAGGACGACGCGGCCGGCCCCUCGCCAGCGGCGGCUGCGAAGCCCGCCGCACCCUACGCGCCCAUGGGAGGGCUGCGGGCCGACGAGUGCUCCGACCUCCUCGGGCUGGUCUCCGGCGUCUCGCGCCCGCUCGAGGACGCUGUGGCGGACUUCCUCGCCCGCGUGCCCCCUGAACGCCGCCUCCGCUUCGGCUCCGCUGUCAGUUUCGUCCUCGAGGACAAGAUGAUGCUUCGACCUGCUGAGCGUCUAAUUGCAUUUGUGAUUCUCCUUCAAGGUUAUUCCUCACAGUUGGAAAAUCCAUUUGUUCCUCUUUUAAUAAAUGCUGCAUGCGAUGAAACCUCUGAGAAGGCAGAACAAGCAUUUCUCCAACUUUUGUUAAUUUCGGCUAAUGGAGACAAUAAUAAGGAGAUUCUGAAGCAGUCUGCUGAAGAUUACAUGAAGGGAUCUAACUAUGCAUCUCAGGUCUUACUGCCAAGAGAUCAACUUGAGAAGCAUUACUCCUGCGUUGCUGUACAACCACAGCCGUACUCUAGUAGUUUCAGAGCUGCUACUGUUAGAAGUGCUGUUCCUGACCCAGAUGUUUCUCAAAGCUUCGGUGAUUCAUUAGAGGUAUCACCAGCCAAACCAAAUAGAGAUAAUGUAGUUUCUAGUUUACUUCAACAAACAUCACUCAAAGGAUUGGCUCCUCAAUGGAUACGCCCCCCUCCCCCAAGACUAGAAAUCCUUGAAGGGGAGUUACAGUGGCUGAACCUAGACAACAGCCAUGAGCUAUUAUGGGAUGGUAGCAUGUGUGCAGACACUAGCCGAGGGGCUACGAUCCGAGAUUUAGUCGGAAGAGCUUGUAAAGGUCCACUUGCACCUCCCCAACAAGAGCAAAUUGUCUUGGAUUUAGCAAAGGACUGGAAGCUAGUCUAUCAUUGCGGACUGACACCACAGAAGCUCCCUGACCUUGUUGAACAUAAUCCACUUAUUGCCGUGGAAGUUCUUUCAAAGCUAAUCAACUCUCCUGACAUGGAUGCUUACUUUGAUAUUCUUGUGCACAUGGAAAUGAGCCUGCAUUCAAUGGAAGUAAUAAACAGGCUUACUAAUGCAGUAGUUCUACCGCCUGGAUUCAUUCAUGACUACAUCUCAAACUGUAUUCGGACAUGCGAAGACAUCAAGGACAAAUACAUGCAAAAUAGACUAGUGAGACUAGUAUGUGUUUUUCUACAGAGUCUCAUUCGAAACAAGAUAAUAAAUGGUGAGUUUAUCAAUUGCAAGAUCUCUUCUUGGAGGUACAAGCAUUCUGCAUCGUGUUCUCACGAAUAAGAGAAGCGGCUGCCUUGUUCAGGCUCCUCAAGUCUUUAGAAUGAAGAGCGUUGUUUGAUCUAUUGGGGUUCGGUUCUGUAAACAAAAUUUUCCAUUGUGUACAUCCAUAGCUGUUUUUUCCGUGUUGAACUUCUAAUUAUUAUUAGGUUUGGACUCUGUAGAUUAUAGCUCUUAUCAAUGUAUUGUCAUUAAACUGUUCCCUUCCUCUCAGAUACGCAGGGGAAAAUCCCAUAGCUCAUUGAAGCAACCUGUUGGCAGUGCGGCGAUAUCAUGUAAUGCAUUAAGCCUGAGGCAUGUGUUUUCUGAUCCACAUGAUCAUAGAUCAUUAUUGUAGUGAAAUGCUUUAGGUUUUCUGUUUCCAUGAUCUGCCAUCAAAGGCAAGACCCCACAGUUUACCUGUGGCAUCGUGAAGUGAAGGAAUGAGCAGAGUGCCUAGGGUGUA